UUCACCGGAAACAUGGGGAGAUAAACAACAUAAUCGUUUGUCAUCACUCAAAAGCCUUUCAUCAAUAUUCUCUUCUAACCUGCAAGUCUUCAAACCAAUCUGGCGUAGAUCUAGACCACUUUCUGAGUUAAAUGAAUGUGUAAACUAUGUCACAAGAAGUAGAUCAAGACGAUGCCGAUCUAACAACGAACAACAACACAGGACACAUAGUUGUGGACAAUGCAGAGAACAACAAUGUAGGAGGGGCCUCACUCUACAAUAAGGAAGAUGAUGAAGAAUCUGAACACAAUGACAGUACUGAAGAAAAUUUUUACAUACCUGACAAUAUGCAGGGAGAUCUAAUGGCAAGUGGAGACAUCCCUUCUAGUAAUGCAGCAAAAAAUGGUAGUGGUAUUGAUGAUGAUAUUUGGCUAAGUGAAGAUGAGGAUGAAGAUGAAAAUUAUACAGAUGACGAAGCAGAUGUUGAUCCCAAGUCAUUAACUAGAGUUCCAGUUCCUAUCUCUGAUUUGCCAGAGACAGUCACAUUGUUAGAAAGAGAUGGUUGCCUUGUAUAUAUUGUUGGUACUGCACAUUUUAGCAAGGAGAGUCAAGACGAUGUGUCAAAGGUAAUUCAAUCAACAAAACCACAUGUAAUCAUGGUUGAAUUGUGUCAGAGUAGAGUGAACAUCUUGAGAAUGGAUGAAGAGAAAAUUUUAGAAGAAGCUAAGAACAUCAACUUCUCUACUAUACAACAGGUCAUCAAAAGGAAUGGUUUAAUGCAAGGCAUUCUAAAUAUUCUCUUGCUGAACAUGUCUGCCUACAUUACCAAAGAGCUUGGUAUGGCGCCAGGUGGUGAAUUUAGAGUUGCAUUUAAUGAGGCCCAGAAAUUGAAAGGUGGCUGUAAGUUUAUCCUUGGUGACAGACCUAUCCACAUUACCCUGCGUAGAGCAUUAGCAUCUCUGAGUAUAUGGCAACGCUUAAAGCUAGCAUAUGCAAUCCUCUUCUCAAAGGAGCCAAUAACGAAAGAAGAUGUUGAGAAAUGUAAACAAAAAGAUAUGCUAGAGCAGAUGAUUGAAGAAAUGACAGGAGAAUUUCCUGCACUUGGACGAGUCUUUGUCACAGAACGAGAUAUCUUUCUGGCACACUCUCUGCGUAAAGUAGCUCAACCACUUGCUUGCCCAGAAGCCCCAGAUGGAAAAUUGCCCACAGUUGUUGUUGGUGUUGUCGGUAUUGGACAUGUUCAAGGCAUUAAAGAAAACUGGGAGAAGGAAUUGAAUAUUGAUGAGAUUUGCAAAAUGCCAGCACCUAGUGCAAUAUCUGUAAUUACAAAGUGGAGUUUUCGACUUAGCCUGCUUGGUCUCCUGACUUAUGGCUGCUAUAGAAUAACUAAGCUCACAGCCAUCCCAUGGAUAACAGCCAUUAUAAAAUGACAAAGUUUGAGAUGAUAAGUUCUGAUAGCUUAAGGGAGAAGGGAAAGUUCGGUCCUCUUUAUACAUCUGCUAAACAGACCAUAAGUGAUUCAAUUGUUUCAUAAAUAUGCAUCACUCUGGUCAUUGGUGCAACUCUGACUGACCCAAGAAGAUUCAUGAUCAGAUGAAUAAUGGUGAUUUAAAUUUGAAGAUAUCGUUGAAAAUAUUGAUUUUACUCUGUGCCAGGAAAAUGGAUCACAUUUAUUUCCAUUGCAAUUUUUCAGGGGCUUUGGGUGGACUCCCUUUUAAUAUUUAAAAUAUAUUCCUCCACUUUUUUUGAAUAAGUCAAUGUAUAUCAAAGAUGAUUGUGUAUAUGAUGCAAACAUUUUUCUGCCUGCUGGAACCAUGGGAGUGGGUUUUACAUUGAACAAAAUGUUUGGUGUGUUUGAAGAAAAAUAAUGAUAACCUGUGUGUUUGACAUUCAUUUUCUGAAAGAUUUUAAUAUGAAGGGAUUUAUUCCAUGAAUAAAGUUUCAAUAAAUGUUUUCUGUAUAUAUCAUCUUUCAACAGGGAAAGGAAUUUUUUUCGUAUACUCUUUUUAAGUGCAUGAGUAUGACAUAUGUUUAGUUUUCAGAUUCUGAAAGUAUUUUUUAAUUAAUAAUAUACCAUAACUAUUAUUUAUAAUUUUUUAAAUUCACAAGUUCCCAUUGUCUUAAGUUGGUUUGUGCAGAUAUGAAAACUCCAUUGAUUAAUAUAAAUAAAUAUAUACAAGUUUAAAAUAAUUUGUUUUUGACCAAUUUCACAACCAAAUUACAAUUAUUUGAUAUAGCAUACAAAAUCAAACAAGUUUUAAACAAAAUCAAAUGUUUGUUUUAAGCCAAUUGUUUUAAUUUCUACAGCAUUUGGUUCAGACUUUUUUUUACUAGACUAAUGACAUAAAAAUAAAAAUGCUGUUUUUAAAAUAAAUUUUGAAUGUCAACUGUA